AUGACUUUCUUCAUCAACUUUGUGUUUUUGUCCACAUUUGCUGCCGUGGCUUUGGCACUUCCAUUCCCUCACAACUCCAUCAAGAGUGUUCCGAAGAUGGGCGCGAGCCGGGACUUUGAAUCAUCCGGUAACGGUCCAGUCGAUGAACAGAAGCCUAUCCGGGGAACGGUCAAAGUAGUCAAAUUUAACCCCAAUAACCUGGGUCAGUCGGGUCUUUUUAGACGAGGCGGGAUUUUCCCCCGAGGCGCACCCGGUCCGAGGAUGCCUUUCCCGGCCUUCUUGUCCAUGGGACGUCCUGGCCCUCCUGCGCUCCCUGCCAAAGCAGCUACGGUGCCUCUGCAUCCACUGUCACACCUGCACCCCGACGGUCAGGGCAAUGGUGGGGUGGGUAUGAAGAAGAGGCAGGGAUUUGAGAUGUGGCAGAGGGCCAUGGAUAAGAACGACCACAGUAAGACCAUGUCCAUGUCGUUGCCCCUCAGUCUGAAGGACUCUGCCAACAAACAGAGCUGCGCCGCCGUGCCUUUUACUCAGGUGAGUCAAACCUUUCAAUUGUGGUUAACAAUGACAAAGAUGGUGUAGGCCAGUAGAGUACAGUAGGCUUAAUGUUUAAUCAAAUGAUUAGCCUAAAUUAGAAAGUUAAAAGGGAGAAAUGUUUUAUAAGUAGGGCCUAAUGCUUGAACCAUCAAAAUACGAAAUGUUUAAUGGUAGUCCAAUUAAAAAAAAAAUUAUAUCUUCCAUGUACAGCGGAUAACGUCCGAGGGCUGCGACACGGUGACGGUCCACAACAAACUGUGCUUCGGUCAAUGCAGUUCACUGUUCGUCCCGUCUGGUUGGGAGUCCGCCAGGCUGACCAGUGCAGGGGGACACCGCCGUGCGCCCUGUUCCCGCUGCGCGCCAUCCAAGGCCCACACAGUGACCGUGCCUCUGCGCUGUGGGAUGGAGGAGCGGGAGAAGCGCGUGAUGGUGGUGGAGGAAUGCAAGUGUGAGACUGGCCGAGAGGAGGGGAAUAUUGAGGCUGGGGCCUCCAUGCACUUGGAACUGAAGAGACUGUAGUUUAAGGGCGACAUUUUCCUAGUGCAAAAGCACUGUGCCAAUUACAAAACCUACACUGCGAGAUUAUAAUGAGGUUUACAGUAUUUUUUUGCAGUGCGAAAGUAUCGCCCUAAAUGCUCGUUUCCCGUCUCACAGCACCUGCUCUAGCCUAUUUUGAUGACUUACAUUUUACAUUUGAGUCAUUU